UGUAUCUAAAGCUGUGGAGAAAAAGAGACAGAAGAGCUCCCCACUCGUCGCUACUCGACGUAGGCCGAUGAGUGGGGAGAGAGCGCUGCCGUUACCACGAGCGAGCGCUUCUUUCUCGUUUCUGCCUCACGGGUACUCGCGGGACCACGGAUUGGAAUCGGCACGGCAACCACGUGGAUUGAAGCUGCGGAAGGACAUACGAUGCCGAGACCAAGAAGCGAGGGAAGCUCGCUGAAGCCUUCCACAUCAACUCCGAAAGUGAUAGCAGAAGAGAAAGAGGAAAAACGACAAAGAGUACAAAGAGAGAAGAAAGAGCAGGAGGAGAAGAGAUUAAAAGAGAAGAAAGAGGAGGAGGAGGAGAAAAGAUUAAAAGAGAAGAAAGAGGAGGAGGAGAAAAGAUUAAAAGAGAAGAAAGAGGAGGAGGAAGAGAGACUAAAAGAGAAAGAAGACAAGAGGCAAAAGGAGGAAGAAGAAAGAAAGGAAGAAAUAAAAGCAAUAGCGAAGGUAUGAUAUGUAUUUUAAACUUAACCAAUUUUUUAAAUUUAAUUUUAUGCUAGCACAAACAUUUUUUUGUCAGCGCAAGGA